GCUCGCUAACUCACCAUUCCUGGCGAGUUUGCACAACUCCUGGUGACAAGAAUGCCUGUCAUUAAGGUCGUAGAUAUAGAUUGAGAAUACAAUGCCAGCCCCAAAGAGAGGAUCAUCUCCUCAUGAUUCUCAGCCCAAGAUGAGGAAGUUGGAUGAGGAUGUGGAGGAUCUGCCAUCCAAAACUGCACCAGCUACCAAUUAUAGGUCCCUUAAAACUGGAGAUACACUAGAAAACACAGCAGCCCCACGGACUAAGAAAAAACUGUCUACUUCAGCGGAAGGGGGGAAUAAUGCCACCAGGCCACCCCAACAGAGUUCCCCUCCAAAGGACUCCAGCAUAACCAUUUCUGACCCGCCUGUGAAAAAAGCCAAGCUCCUAAAAGCCACAAGUGCCUCCUGCGGAGAAGCUCCCUCACAGAGAGCUACCUCCAAAGCUUCUCUGAAGCGAACAGCCUCCACAGAGUCCGAGGAUGAUCUGAGUAGUGAUGGUAGUAAGACGGACCUCUUCAGAGAGAGGGAUGACGGCGACAAGGCCCGCUGCAUAAAAAAAUAUUCUAAUCGAGUCAAAGCAAAACGCAAGGUUGAAGAGUCAGCGUCUGACACACAGGAGACAAGCAGAGGGUCGCCAUCUGCACCUGAGGACCCUGUUCAGAUGGACCACAAUUAUGGUCGAUUUUCAGAUUCAAGUGUGGGAGAGGAGAAUCAGGAUGAGAAAAAAGAAUCUGCACGGUCUGUCACUGAACAAGAGGGACAAGAAAUGUCAGUUAAUGCCACACAAGCAGAGUCAAAGGAAACUUUUGUCUCUAUAGGAGGGAGUGCUAAAGCUAGCAUUGGAUUUGAGUGUGCAGCUGAUGAACCUAAACAUGAGGAAUUACAAAAUCCAGACAGCCAGAAGCUCAUGGAUAAUCACACAGAAGCAUCAUGUAGAGAAAUAUUGGACUCAGUCACUGCAACAGCUGCAGGGUCGCCUUGCAUCCCAUCUGAGGCAGGGGAUAAUGAAAAGACGGACUUUGCCAUCAAAAUCCAUGAGGAUGUAGAUAAUGAAACACUUGCAACGUCAGUGGAAACACUAUAUUCUAGUACUGGAGAGGCAAAUCCAGGCUGUGAAGGUGAAGUACAGGUAGAUGUAAGGACAUCUUGUGGAAGUAAGACAGAUGUGAUCCGGGAAACUGAAACUAAGGUGAUCACAGAGUCUGUUUCUCAGGACAUAAAGCUGGAUAUCAAAUGUAAAAGUAAUGAAGAAGAGCAUAAAGUGCAAGAAGUAAGUGAAGCAGCCAGCGUCUCUGCAGACCACAGUGAUGAAGAAGAUAAAGCAUUGUCAAACAAAACAAACUCUGCACCAGAAGAGAUCCUGGCAGGAGGUAGUAAUCCAGAAAGUCAGACUGAAGAAAACCCAACACCAGAUACCCAAACAGACCUCAGUGUCAAAAUUCAAGUUACCUUCAAAAAGGAAUCGAAAUUGGAGGAUCAAGUGGGCCAUGAAGUACCAGGUACAAUUACCAACUCAUGUGAUGGUGUGAACAAACUAGUCAGAAAGUCUGAAGAAAAGCUUGAAAGUGAAAGGAGAGGCGUUGAGUUCCCGUCGGCUCAGAUUGUUGCUGCUCCUGGGUCUCCUGCUGAGCUACAACUGAGCCAAGAGGUGCUGGACAAGACAACUGACAUACGUACUGAAAUACUGACACCAGAUUGUGAGUCUGUUCUUGAGCAAAAUCAAUGCAAGGCUCUCUCAGAUUGUGAUGCAGUUUCAGAUGGUCCGAUAGACAUGGACACGCAGACUAAAAUAACACCAGAGGGGAGAUCUGACUCAGCACCGAAAGAGGAUAAACAAAACCAGGGAAACCACAAAGUGGAAGACCACAAUAGAGAAAUACCUGUUGAAGUCCAAAACGAUGCAAUGACAAGUAAAGAAAAAGAGGAAGAGAUUCAAUUUGAAUGUGCCACUGCAACACCAGAGCAGGCGAUUUCUAACCAAGAGGCUACAGUGGAAAUACAAAGCCAGAAUAACCAGGGUGUCAGUGAACAUGUCACAGACAUAUCUACAGAAUUAAAUGAGGAUCAUGUGUUAAAUUCUAAAAUAAUGGAAAAUGAGGAAGAGAACUUUGAAUGCACUAGUAGUGGACCUGAGAGACAGACGGCAACGGCAUCAGAGAUUUCUAAUGACGCAUCUACAGUGGAAAUACAAAGCCAGGAGAGACCAGGAGACAGUGAACACACCACGGACAUGUCUGAUAAAGCACAAAAACAUCCAUUUGCGAAUUGUCAGGACGCCAAAGAUGAAGGAAGGGUCGAUGCUGAAAGUGUUGCUGCUACUGAGAGUCAAAUAGAAGCGACUACAACAACAUCAGAGGAGAUUUCUAACAUUGCACCUAAAGUGGAAAUAAAAAGUCAAGAAGUCAUUGAAUCUACCACACACAUAUCUGCUGUACAUCAUGAGGAUCAUGAGGUCAAAAAUAUGGAAAAAGAAAACGAGGUGAGCUUUGAAUCUGUGACUGUACCAGAGAGUCAAAUCGAAAUGGAAAUGCAAACUACAUCGACAUCAGAUAUUUCAAAUCCAUCCGCUUCAGUGGAAAUAGAGAAAAGCCAAACAGAAGUGGACAUGCAAACUACAACAGCAUCAGAGGCGUUCUCUAACACAGCAUCGACAGUGGAAGUACUAAGUCAGAAAAGUCAAAAUGAAGUGAAUGUAGCGGAGACAUUGGCGGAGAUUUCUGACAUGGCGCCUACAAUAAAAACGCAGGCCCACAGGAGCCAAGAAGUCAUCGAACCUGCUACGGACAAAUCGGAGAAAGCUCAAGAAGGUCUAAUGACUCAGGAGCCAGAGAGAAAUGGAAAUGAAAACAUGGCGUUAACAGAAUGUGUCAGUGCACCUGAGAAUCAAAGAGUGGAUUUGCAGACAACAGCAACACCAGAGGAGACUUUUCAUCAGACAACUACAGUAGAAAGUCAAAACCAGAGAAGUCUGAAGGUCAACGAACUCACUACAGAUGCUGAAGUACUUAAAGAACUUAUUGAUGCCAAUACUGAGAGUGAAGAAAACACGAAAAAGCCUAGUGCAGAAUGUGUGGAUGCCACUGAGAAUCAAACUAAAAUGGAUGCGCAAACAAUAGCAAUGCCUGAGGAGAUCUCUAAUCCACCACCUACAUUGGAAAUACAAAGCUCGGGAAGCCAGGCGGUCAGUGAACUCAACACAGAAGUUCAAAAACAUCUAGUGAACAUAAGUUGUGAGCCUAAGGAAAACGAAGACGAGGUUAAUGCUGAAUGUGUCGAUGUUCCACAAGUUCAAAUGAAUAUGGAAACUUCUACAACACCAGAGAAGGCUUCUAAUGCAGCAGAACAGCAAAACCAAGGUAUGGAGGAAGUCCAUGAACCCGCAGCGGUCUUAUCAAAUCAAGCUCACACGCCUCUUUCUAUGGCUGAAAGUAAGGAUAAUGAAAAAAUGCAGACAAAGCAGAGUGCUGAUGAUAUCCAAGUGGAUAUGGACGUAAUAAGUGGAUCAAUAGGGGGGGUUGAUUCAGCUUUAGAGGAGGAAACAGGGAGGCAAGUGAUUAAUGAGGUUAAAGAAGAGGCUGCAAUCCUUUCCUGUGAUAAGGCUGACGGUGAUGUUGUCACUGUCAGUAAUAUUGAAGGACACGCAGAAGGAGCUGGAAGCAAUGAGGUAAUAGUCUUUGUUUGUGGCCAACCAGAUGACGUUGAUGUUGUAAUUCAGGCGUCAGAAGAGCAGAUUAAGACGGUCAAUCAGUCAGAGGGUGAGAUUCACGAAAACCAGAUCGUGUAUGAGCCCAUUAGUAGUCCCGAGAGUAACGAUGAGCGAGAGAUUUCUACAGCAUCAGAGAACCACAAUGGUGUGUCUUUACUGGACAUACAGAGCAACCAGCAGAUGGAAGGAGAUUCGGCUACCAAUGAAGUAAACAGUUGUAACAAACAACUGGAAAAUUAUGAAAAUGUCAGGCAACAAGUUUGUGUCGCAGACGGCCAAGAAAUUGAAAUGGAAGUACAAGCUGUCAGGGUGCCAGAUAGUUGUGUCCCUUCACAGUCGGAGCGAAGUAACACGAAUGAGGAUGUGAAACAAGUUGCAGUGAUCAGUUCUAGUGAUGACAUCAGCGGGCCAGAUGGUCAGUCAGGAGAUGCCCCAGAAACAAGUGAAAGCAAUGGGUAUCCGGACUGCGUCAGUGCCACAGAGUUUCCUGAACACGUGCAGGAGGACUCUGGAUAUCAGGAGGUUUCAGACGUCACGGUGACGACGACUACAGCCACCACUAAAGAUGAAAUGCCAGACAGUACAUCUGAGGAGUUUGUGAUCUUAGAACCGAUCCCAGAAGGUGAAAUUCACUUCGAUAUUGUCACUCAAGCAGCUGCUGAAUCGGGUUUGUCGGACUCGCUUUCAGAGCAGGUGAAUCCAGACAGUGCUUUGGAGGGGGACAUGGAAAAUGAGGUGAUUUUAAAUGGUUCCCAGCAAACCGUCUUCCCUGAGGCGGAGGUGCAGCAGUGUCAAACAUCUGAUGAGAUCAAAGUGACGAACACAAGUGAGGUUUUGGAUGAGGGGAGCAGGCUUGGGACAGAAAUCUCAAUCGAGGAAGGUUUUGAAGUGAUUCAAAGUUCUGAUCAAAGCCAGCAACCAUCAUCCGCCAUGAGUUACCGUAAGGCUGCAAAGAUUGACAUGGCAUGCUCUCGCACUCUAGUCACAAACAAAGCAGUGAUAGAGAACACUGGGGUUAUUUUGGAUAUACAGGAAGUGCAGAUUCUGGAGGAUAUAGAAAUAGGUCGUGAGAUCGUAGUAGCAGAGGAAGAGAAUGAUGAAGACAGUGACAUUAUAAUAAUAGAAAAACCCCAGAAAACACCUGAGGUAGACCCUCCUAAAGAGUCUGAGACUAAAGAUGACACUUGUGGGACCAGCUUGAAGCAAAACAGCACAGCUGAAAAGACUGAAGAUGAUAAAAAGGGACCGGGGGCAGUCAAACCGAAGAAACAAGAAAUGAACACACAGGCCAGAACCAAAGCCCGUCUGGCAGCUCUGGCCGAGCAAAAGGCUGCAGCCUCUAAGAGAACAGCAAACCGACAGCAGCUGAACCUCUUAGCUUUGUGUCAGGAGAUCGCAGAGGACAUCGCCACAGACAGCAUGCUGCUGAAGAGGAUUGAAGAAGAGAAACAAGCAGCAGCGGCGGUAGCAGCAGCAGCAGCAGCAGCAGCAGCAUCAGCAGCAGCAGCAGCAGCCAAGAGCGAGGCCAGCCAGAAGGAAAGUCCACCUGUCAAGACGCAGGAGGCGGACCCUGUUGUAGUUGCGACUCCUGCUGGACCAGAAGGGAGCUCUGAUCCGGUGACCCCUGCUGAGGAGGCAUCCACUGCCCACCCCUCGACAGACGACUCAGCUGAAGCCAAGCCUCCCGCAGAGCCUGCAGCAGAACCUCCGAAGAGGCGUUUCUUCGUCACACAGAUAUCUGUGCCACUGAAAGCCCACGAGAAAAAGAAGCUCACCAGAUAUCAAAGACUAAGACAGGUUGAGCUGCAGAGAGAGAAAAUGUCUUGGGCUCGUGUAAAGAAACUUAAAUCCGACCAAGCAAAUCAGAUGUUUUCAGACAUGGAUUGGCAAGGACCCCUGUCUGCGUCCUCUCCAUUCUCCGUGAGUCCUGUGCCCGCGGCUCCUCCACCUGCAGCAAGUCCAUCGAAAACACCCCUCCCAAGUCCGGCCUCAACAAGCAAGCCUGCAACACCCGCGGCAGAAGUCCCCAAGGUUGACCCUCCUAAGCCAGAACCCACUAAGACUGAACCCCCCAAAACAGAAACGUCCAAAAGUGAACCCACUAAACCUGAACCUGACAAAGCUGACGCCUCCAAAACUGGGACUCCUAAUGCUGGAACCCGUAAAUCCGCAAGGCAAAGUAAGGCUCAAACUCCUAAAGAGACCCCUGCUCCGGCUCCCGCCCCAAAGGUGACCAGAUCAGCAGCCAAGAGGACGCUCCCGGCGAUACCCCCGCCCAUGCCCAACGGACUCAAUGCCCCAAAACAGAAGCCUGUUGAGUACAAGCCAUACAGACCCAGGCCCAAGUAUUCCUUUGAUGACUUUGAACUCGAUGAUGACCCGUUACCAGUGGCUGCAACAAGACCCGGCCUUCAGGCGAGGCCAACACAGCCGACAAGACCGAACGUUCAGUCAAACCCCGCAGCUCAAUCUAGACCCACAGUUCAGUCUAAACCAACACUUUCAUCACAUCUUGCCAACCAGGCGAAACUCAGAGCUCAGACCACGCCUGCUGGACAGAUCUCAGGUCAGUCAAGGCCCAGCGUUGCAGCUUCAGCUCAGUCAAAGCCCGCCGGUUCCAACGCUCCACAUUUAAAGCCUGCCGUUGCAACAACACCCCAGUCAAAGUUCACAGCUACUGCCGCAGCGUCUUCAAAACAGGCUCCUUCAGUCAAAGUUCAAAUGAAGUCUCCUGUUUUGACGACACCCCAGUCAAGAGCCGUGUCGGCUCCGGGUCAGUCCAAACCCGCUGCCUCUGCUUCACCGCAGUCAAAGCCAGCUGGAAGUGGAAGUACAGCUCAGCUCAAGCAAACGACAUCUCAGGCUGCUGGUUCGACCACAUCUGAGCCCUCUGCUUCAAAGGCCGAUGUCGGUUCAAUGCCCCAGAAAACCCCGAAUCCACCGUCAUCAGGAGACGGCAAAUGCAAGGAUACAGCUGAUCCCACCUCUGCCAUUCCCUCUGAAGACGGCUCGAAAGUGUCAGGUGACACGCUGAAGAGUGAGGAAAAGCCUGCAGUCACUGGUGUUGCUCCUUCUCCAGAGACCAAGACAGAAACAGUCGACUCAGCCGAGAAGACACCGAAAAAACCUCAAGACAGAGCAGGGGAGCCGCAGGACGGCAGGACUCCUCUCUCUGAUGCUUGUCUGCAGAAAGAAGUCAAGAAACUAAAGGAGGCUGACAAAGAUGGCACCCAAACCAUUAUUGAUGCAGGACAGAAGCAUUUCGGAGCAGUGGCCUGCAACGUGUGUGGGAUGCUCUUCUCUGCUGCCAACCCUGAAGAUGAAUCCCAGCAUUUACUCUUCCACAACCAGUUCAUCAGCGCUGUCAAAUAUGUGGGAUGGAAAAAAGAGAGAAUACUGUCAGAGUAUCCUGACGGCAAGAUCAUUCUUGUCCUGCCAGAUGAUCCCAAAUAUGCUCUGAAGAAGGUGGAGGAGAUCAGGGAGAUGGUGGACAACGACCUCGGCUUCCAGCAGGUGGAGACCAAGUGUCCCUCUCAGACCAAGACCUUCCUCUUCAUCUCCAACGACAAGAAAGUGGGUGGAUGCCUGAUAGCAGAGCACAUACAAGAGGGAUACAGGGUGAUCGAGGAGCCGGUACCCGAGGGUUCGGAGGGAGAAAAGGUGAUGUUUGAACGUCAGAGAGCUUGGUGCUGCUCCACAACAGCCGAGCCGGCCAUCUGUGGCAUCAGCCGCAUCUGGGUGGUCAACACGAUGAGACGCCAGGGCAUCGCCUCGCGCAUGCUGGAGUGCCUCAGGAACAACUUCAUAUACGGGUCGUACCUGAGCAAAGACGAGAUUGCUUUCUCCGACCCGACGCCUGAUGGAAAACUCUUUGCCACACAUUAUUUUGGCACAUCUCAGUUUUUGGUUUAUAACUUUGUGAGUGGAACGCAAUCGUCCCGGCCCAACAAUGAUGCGGUAUGACAGUCUUCAGGAAAAGGUAACAAUGGAUUUAACCGAGACGCCCACUGACCAACGGGACGCACCAUCACUAAACAGUGUCUGAUGCAGAAUCUGUGUUUGCAUAACAAUUAUAAAAAACUGUAAAUUACUCCUUUGAGAGGACACACACAUUGGUUUAAAUCUCAGGAUGAAAACAACAAGGUGUUGUUGAAAAAUUUGUAUUAAUUCACCCUUUAAUCCCUCCCCGAAUAGUAUUUUGAAAAAAAAAAAAAAGAGUAUUUUCUUUAUACAUUUUUAAGUAAACAAUUGGUUUUAUUAGAAGUAUCGAGUUUACAUGCAUGAUCUGACAGCAAUAGAAAACAAAGAGCAUUUCAUUGGGUUUUUAUUUUACUCCCUGAGAAGAAUAAGGUCACAUUAAAUAAAACGGUUAUUUUAGAUUAUUAUGUUAUUAUUUUGUUUUCAUGUUUUUUACUUACAUGAUGUAAACUAUGUGUACAUUGAGGUUAUUUCAUCCCUUUACAAGUUAAAGUGACACUGCCACUGUCUGAAGUUGGGUUUUAAGCAGCAGUGAUGAUGCUUAACGGUCAAAACUACACCAUUUCUAUUGGGCUGUUAAACUUGUAUUUUUUUCCCCCCUCUGAUUUCACUGUCAUGUUUUAUUGCAACAUUUCAAACUGAUCAUCCAAACCAGGUGAUUUAAUUGGAGAAUCAUUUCAACAGUCUGGUAGAAGAGAUGUGGUUUAGAGAUGUAGCUCGGGCAUUACUUGUGUGCUCUAAUUCUUUUUAGAUCACCUCGCCUGAAACGUUGUUUUCGAGCUGAGCCAUAAACUAUACACCAUUUAGCAGGGCAUUGUAGCCUUUACUGUGUGAGUGCUGUCUUCUAAUUUCACCGAGGCUGUCUAUUGCUUUAUUUGUGCCUGAAUGAUUAAAUGUGUGACUUAAGAUGUUAAUUUGUUUUCUUAGCCAUGCGUUAUGGCCUUUUUUAUUAAGUUAGUGUAGAGUAUCAUCCUCCUAUUCCUUAGUAACAACAAAUUAAAAUGUGUAUCAAAUUAUCAUGUAGAGUUAUGCAUACUAUAACAACCUUUAUAAUGGAUGAGCACGGCUUUGAGGCUCAGGUGUUAAAUGUCAUCCAGGUUCAGCCUUUAUGAUUGCAAACAGGAGUAUUUGCUCAGUGAUCAACACGAGGGGUUGAGAUGAACCCCUCUCAACACAGAUCUACAGUAUCAUUAUAAUCCAUCCCUUAUUUUCUUCUUCCUUGUUAAAGCAGUUGCUUUUUAGAAAGAUGUGUCGUGUAAGAAAAAUAAAUUUGAUUUAUACGAAGCUGUUAUGUAAAUAUUUAUUUAAAUAAUAAACGAUUUAAAACAUU